CUCUGAAAUCAUACUAAAACAAACCUUGAAUUCGCUGCGCUCACUAAGAACCUCUGGAGAGUGAAAGUAGCGGCGAGUAGAAGGAAGCGCGUUUUGGAUGGAAUCGGCGUUCUUAUUAGGGUUGAGAGAAGAGGCAAACGCGGAAGAGGAGACAGUAUCAUCAUCAAGUGCACCAAGGUUGGUCCCUUGGUUGAACUGGGACGAAUGGCUUUUCGUUAAACGCGCUCUCUUCUCUGAUUCCCCUCACUCCGUUUCCUCUGCUCUCAGAAGAAUUUCGGCAUGGCGAAGUCGAGGUUCCUUGCCCGUUCUCAUCGAAGUCACUGCUUCCAUCAUCGAAAUUCAGAUCAAAGAUCCCUGGUUCAGAGAGGAUCAACCGAAUGAUGCAUCGCUUUCCGAUGAGAUGCUUGCUAUGUUGUAUUGUAUGGCAAUCAUGAGGCUUGUGAAUGGUGCUGUUGAGAAGACGCGCAAGAAAGAAUUGGUUUCGAUAGCUGUGGCAGCUGAUGCAAUUGGUAUUCCGCGCAUGCUGAUUGAUAUUCGCCAUGAGGGAUCACAUCGUGAGCUUCCAUCGCUUAAGAUUGUGCGUAGUGCUUCUGUGAAGGCACUUGAUUGGCUAAAAUCAUAUUAUUGGGAACCUCAGAGCAAAGCGAUUCCUUUUCAAGGCGAAGGAAAUGCAAAAGUAAAGAAAGAGAUUAAGUCUAAGAUUCGUGAAUUAGCUAUCUGCUUGAAAGUCAAUGGGAGUGCGCAAUCUAGUUCUUCACUCCUAAAGGGAAAACGGAUCAAGCAUGGUGAAUUGCCUUUUGGGCCUAAUAAGCUUUUGUUUCUUAUGGUUGGCAAGAGUCAAAUGUUGCGAACUGGAGGACCUAAGAAACAGAGUUCAAAGAUCUUAAAAUCUGUUCUGCGUUUAUAUUCCUCCUUUUCCUCAGAGAUUGUUGCUGUGUUGUUGGAGUAUUUGUUGAAAGCUUUAAGCUCCUCAGAGUUCAAAGAAAAAAAUGCAGAUGAUGCUUCUGGUGGUCCAACUGUACAAAAUGUUUUGGCUGAUUGGAAGCUUGUCAUACUCAAAUUGUCUAAUAAGGAACCAGAAUUACUUCUGAACCUUCUUAAGGAAGUUCUUGAUAUGAUUGAGGCUCAGGAAGAUGACCCAAGUAUUGGGAUUUCACACUCGAGGGAAGAGUUUCAUCAGAGUGGUUAUCUUUCUUCUUUGUUUGCAUGGCUUGUUGGAAUUUUCAGCAAAGUUUCUUCUGCAGCUGCAAAUAUGCCAAAAAGGGUUUUGGUGGAACUUCUUCAUAAAUGUCUUCUAAUAUCACAACUUUGCAACAAGCAGCUUAUGGAUUCAGCCUUUCAUCUUGCAGAACUAAUGGAUGACAGCUACUUGUUGGAGAAAGUUAAAAAACUCUCUGUUAUUAGUUUGUCCAAUUUUGACAAGACCAAUGAUCAAAGCGCUUUGUUGACUUCAAAGAAUAUUUUCCAAUUUGAGGAAUCAAUACUUGAAGCAGCUAAAAAGCUAGAGUUAGUUAGACAACAGAUAAUGAAAAAUAAACCUACGGAAAUGGAUUGUGAGACUAAAAAAUCACAGAGAUGGACUUUGGCAAAGUCAUGGAACCCGUGUCCCAUUGGCAUGUUGCCCCGCGCUGUUGGUUCAUCUGGUUGUCUUCCCAUCCUUGACAAUAUUGAGAAUGAAAAACAGAAUCAAGCAUCAGAAAGGAAAGAGAAUUGGAAAUUGAUACAAUGUGGUACCAAGAGAGAUGCCACUUUCGACCUUCCGCUACUUGAUAGCUCAGCUGUUAAGAAGAUGAGGGAGACCAAAGAGUUCGGUGAAUUAAACUACGAAUUGCAAACAGAAGGGGAGAAAGGAUGUCUCAUGGUAGGCGGAGUUUGGAAGAAAAUUAUGGAAGAGGAGCUACUUGCCAUUGAAUCUUCUGUAAGGAUUUUAAUUUAAUUUCUAAUUACUGCUUAGAAAGGUAUGGCACCCAUAAGAUGCUGGUGCCUGGCCUGAGUUGUCGAGCAUUUUUCAGUUACGGCUGUUAUUUGAUGUUAAAGAUUUAUAAAAUAUCUCAUUUAACAGCUUAUACAUGUUUUACAGUUCACGUUUGU